AUGAAAGUCGCUGUGGUUACAGGAGCGUCGACUGGUCUCGGAAAAGCUAUCGCCGUUUAUUUUGCGUCAAAGGGAUUUGCCGUUUCGAUCACCGCGCGCUCGGGAGAUGCUCUCCAGAAAACGAAAGCUGAAUGUGUGGCAGCUGGAAUCAAAGAAAAUGCGGUGGUAAUCACGGUCGGAGAUUUGACGCAGGCGAGCACAGCCGAGGCCGUUAUCAAGAACACUGUUGAUAAACUUGGAUCGAUUGAUGUUUUGAUCAACAACGCUGGUUACCUUCAAUUCGGAGCCCUUUCAACGGCAACUGUUGAGGAUUUCGAUAAGCAAUUUAAUCUAAACGUCAGAAGUCUUCAUCAAAUCACUCGUCUCGCAAUUCCACAUCUCAUCGCAUCCAAAGGAAACAUUGUGAAUGUGAGCAGCGCUGGAUCGAUGAUGCCGGUGCCCGGAUGCGCAUUUUAUUGUAUGUCGAAGGUUGCUCUCGACAUGUACACAAAGAGUUUGGCGCUGGAGUUGGCUCAAAAAGGAGUUCGCGUUAACAGCAUCAAUCCGGGCUUGGUGAUGACUGAUUUCUCGGUGGCUGCUGGCUUGGCUACACAAGAAAACAAAGCAGAAAGAUACGACCAACUCGCCGCCACAAAUCCACUGGGCAGAGCAGCUACACCCGAAGAGAUUGCAAAAACGAUCUACUUCUUAGCGAGCAGUAGUAGCGCUUUCACAACGGGCACAUUGAUGGUCAGUGAUGGGGGACGACUGCUCGGAUCAGCUCCAGCUCUUUGGAAUCAAGCAAAGAAAGAU